CCAAAUAUUAUGUUCUGAUCAGCUUAGAAGUCGUAAUAUACAAAUAUAUACAACAUAGUUUAUUUUUAACCGAAAUAACGAAGUAAAAGCGCGAACAUUUUCACCGCAAUACAGUUUGAUUGUACAAUGUAGGUACAAUAUUAUUAUUUAAACCGGCGGUCAAGUUUUGAUGAUCAAAAAUAACUUGUAAUUGUUAAAAACGAUUUCAUAAAAAAACCCAAGCAACAGGAAAAUCCAUAAUGUCAAUAAGUUUAUGAUAAUAUUGCUUAAUAACCACCAAACCACAGAUUACCUAGCUCCAUUGAGAUAUUAUGAUUUAUGAAAUUGCUCUUGCCGUGCUUUGUGUACUAGUGGCCUAUUUGAAACUAUUUUACACAGUAUUUCCGUUUUACUUCUUUAAUGUGUUCAAAAAUCGCUCACAAAGAUAGCAUUUUAAAGGGCAGUUUUUGACAAUUUAAUUGAAAAUGGAUUUCAACAACAGUCCAUUACUGACAAUAAUUAAAGAAGAACAGGACAUAACAAUUGUCAAAACUGAAUUUGAUAGCAAUUUAGAUUUAUACAAUGUUGAAAAAAUGGAUUUGGAAGAAGAUGUAAACAGAGCAGACCCGUUUUUAGGGUUUAAUAACAAUUAUCAAGCCUCCAUGCUCAAGGAUCAUACUAAGGACAUAAACAAUCAAAUUUACUGCCCUAAUUGUGGUCAUCAAUUUGCAACCAAAUUUGUGGGUUCAGACUUUGUAUUCAGCAAACCUGAUGUAAGCAAUCUAAACGGUGUACCCGAAUCUAGUGUGUUCGAACCCGUUGUUAACAUAGAGAUCGAUGAGUCAAAUAUUAAUAAUCUUCUGAGUUCUAAUAUCCAAUGGUGGGCUAUGGACGUUUCAGGGAAGCUGGACAGAAAUGUAUUGCAAACUGACAAUGUAGCCCGAGCUAUUUAUAAUCAAGGUUUACGGGAUGGAUGUAAAUUAUUAAAUAAAAAUAAUGAGCAUAAACUCGUGGAAAGAAAAUGUACUCAAGAACCUGCUGUGGAUUAUACAAAAUGUCACUUUGAAUCGCCUGUUAUGGGACUACCAGUAACAAAUAUUAUCCAGUGUAACGAUAAUAAGAAAUCUACUAUUUUAAGUAGCGUGAAAAGAAAGCUUAUUAAAAAAAAGUGCCAACCAACUGAAAUGAAAACAGACGACACACAGAAUGUACCGGUUUGGAAUGAUUUCACGUUGGAUCAAGAAAUGCCAUAUUUACCAUUACCUGCUCUAAAAUUGAUGUCGGGGGCUGAACAGAUGUAUCAAAAUCCAAAUAUUAGUCAAAAUAAAACGUCCUCGAGAGUAAAUGUAAAACCACAAACAAAAUGCACAAUCCCAUUCCAGUCGGUAUCAUCACCAUCAGGUAUUGUAAAUGAUUAUACAAUACUUUGUACCAAAAAACUAUGUAAUACCGUUAUUAAUAAAAACGAGUCAUUUCAAAAAGAAAAGUUUGUUAUUCCAUUAACUGCAGCGAGUUUGUUAAAAGAAAUUGAUAUUAGUUAAAUAAAUAAUUUUAUUUAGAUGUUUAAUACUAUGUAAUUGCUUAACAACAUGACUUAAAAGAGAAAUAAAUAAUAUUUUAUGUAUUUUGUAUAUAAGAACAUUUAUAUGUUCAAUAAUAAUGUUUUUAUUUAAUUAAUAAUAAGCAAAG